CAACGCCCAUUUUACUCGGGAGUACGACUGUCGGUAUGCGUGGCGGAGCUGGGGAUCCCGUUAUUGUUUAUGGACCCAAUGGAGUUGGGCUUCGCGUCCAGGAUGACAGGGAAGAUUCCAGGCAGGCCUUCUUGGCAGCAGCUUUGAGAAUUACUGGACAACCCAAAACCGCCCUCAUGUUUGAAUUUGUGGUCGAUCAGUAUCGCAAUCAAGAGAAGAACAAGGACCAGCCAGAGAAGGAAUUUGUCAAAUCUUUCCCCGUUGACCAGGACAACUUUGCUCAGACUUACAAUCAUUAUCUGGAAUCUCGAUUAUAUAACAGACAGAGGGACUGGCCAUUGGUGGUCCGACAGACGUCCGAUGCGAGAAGUCCUACCUUCACAAUUCCGAGGAGGUUGAAGAAUCCUGCUCUACCAGCGCCCACGGUAAAACAGAACCUGUCCCCACCGAAAACUGGGCCAAUCCUCCCACCUCCUAGGUUAUCGCCGUCAAAAAAGAAGCAGCAGUCACCUCCAAAAAGCCUUCCGAAGUUACCACCCAAGAAGUCACCACUCAAGAAGAAGACGUUGUCAGGCCAAUCGGUCGAUGAUGCUGAUUUCCCGAUUCUUGGAGAUAAACCGCCAUCUCAAGAAAUGUCUUCGAGACUCUCAUCAAUGGCAGGUGCUACUCCAGGGGCCAACGAACGGGUAGUCUACAGCCUGGAUGGGAAGAAGUCUGUAGUUUUCAAAGAUUGUCACAAAUCUUUUUACCAAGCUGCUUUGAAGGUUAUGGGCCAGAAAUAUGGCGAAGACAAAAUUGGGUUCACGGUAUCACAAUACAACAACGCACCCGUAAGAGAAUGCCCACCUGGCAAGUUCGCGUAUAUUGGCAGUGAGAAAUGGCCAGAGGGUUCCGCAAAUUUGAAAUCCUACCAAACAUCCAUCGGAAGUGUUAUGUUCAAGAAAGCGGAUAGCUUUGGGAACCCGGCGCCCCUAGACUACCACAAGGAAUGGAGGGUUGUUGUCCAUCCUACACAACCCCGACUUGCCCAGUACUGGCCUAAGGAGAGUGCUUCGGACGAGAUGGUUGAUAUAAUCGGUUAUGGAGCUCCCUCAAACACCACCAGUGGAAAACGGUCACCAUCUAAACAGCAACAACCUGGCGGUGGUGCAACUUCUUCCAAAGGACAAAAACCAACACCACCCAGCCUGAAGCCACCAGCAGCACCGACACAGCCAUCCGGUACAACAGGAACAAAGACCGGUUAUAUACAUGGAUUUGGCGGCAAAAUUCUCACCAACAACACUGCUGUCGAUUUCAAGAGAGCCGGUUGCCAACUUCUGGGCGAAGACCAGACAUCCGCAUUCCACUUCUACUUCCGCAUGGCUCCUCUGGGUGAACUCGGGUUUGGACCAUGGGCAAAUAUCAUGGUAGAUCAUACGAACUUUGAGCACAUCUUUCACAGUGAAAUCAAUCCGCGGAUCCCUGCAAGUGGUGAUUGGAGCAUUUUCGUGUCAAAAUGGCAACUGCCAGGGGUCGGAAAAGUGCCCCUCGAGCCCGAUAAAGAUAAGAGAGAUGUUGUGAGGAUCAUAUACCUCAAAGACACAACAUAUUGGAAGAUCCCGAUGGACACAGAGACCGAUUGUGGUAUCAACCAAUUACAAGACGACUUUUUCGGAGCUAUGAGAGUUCUCUUUCCUGUGGGCAAGCCUCGUCCCCAACGGAACGUUCAGAUCGGCCCCCUACCUUUUGUUGAUAUUGGAUUUGGUGGAAUGGAAGUUACCAAAGAGCUCUGGGACAAGGUAAGAGGUGAUCUAAAAAGCCAACCUGGCGGCCUCGUGUACAACAUCGAUCUUGUCAACUUGGGGGCACAGCGGCCAAAUUCUUCUCAACUCAUCGGCAUCCGUCUAGCUGGUACUCACGAAUAUGCGGCUGCGCAGCCCACCGAUUAUAUCAAGAUGCAGAAAGAAAUUGAUAGGAUGGGUAAGUUUCUGCAAGAUGGCCAAAAUCCAAGACAAUUCAAAAUCUGGAAAACAGCCGAAGCCAGGGAAAGUAAUGGGAAUUCGACUCUGAUCAACUACAAACCUGCUGCAACUGCAGCCAAGGAGAUCAAGAAGUUCCUUGAGGAGGAUUCCGACACUACCAAUUGUAUCUGGUUUCGACCCGAGUUUCCAACGAUAUCUUUCAAGAAUAUCACAGAGGGACAGAAGGCAAAGACCUUUGAGUUGGAACCUGGCAUUUCGCACGGCCUAGAAUGUGUUGAUCUCUUGCGGUGGAACUUCAAUGAAUUUGAUCAGGUGACCAAAAGGGACAUUGAGAUCAACGACGCCGACAGCCAGCACAGGUUUAUUCUUUCAGAAGAUACAACUCGAGACCAAUGGCGCAAGCAUAUCUAUGAUUGGUUCUCUGGCAAGGUAAUUAUGGUGCAGGAAAAAAAGAAGAAGAUUGUCUACCAGGUCGAAAAGAGCCCGCCUUGGGGUGUUUCUCAACCCAAGGAAAGCCCAGUGCCACUGAACACUCACACUCAGAACCAGCAGAACAACUCUGCGAACAAGACUCCAACCACCGGGGGACUGACCUCCUCGACAACUAUGCUGUCAUACCAGCCUCCCAGUAACAUACUUCGGAUUCCCAAAGAGCGACUUCUGAAACAACGAGUCGCCCCGCCUAAGCCAGUUCCGUGGAACGAAUGGCAGGGAGAGAAUAAUCGCCUGGACCGUCUUCAGAGAGAAUCAUAUCACACGGAUCAAUCUGUCAUUGAGCCUGGUCAGCAACCGAUGCCUCCCAUCUACGGUCCCUCCAGACAAACUCCUCUUUCAGUCGGCACAAAUAUGCCAGAACCGUAUUUUUGGGGAACUACUCCGAGCGACUUUGCGCAGAAAGCAGCAGAAUGCCAAGCCCUUCGAAAUAGUGCUUUAGAAAGGAUGUCAAGAUGCCAGCUCUGCGAUACCUCGUUCCCUGAAUACGAGAUGGAAAACAUUGCCAAACACUUGAAAGCGCAUCAAGACGCCCUCCGCGAGGUCGGCAAAUGCCCGCUUUGUGAUUGUUGUUGGUCGGCAUUGGACAAGGAGCAGAAGAAGCAGCAUCUCUGGAACCACCAAACUCAGGGAGAGCAAGAUUUGAUCAGGAAUUUCUGGCAAGGCUUCCAGUGUCCAAUUUGCGAUGAGGAUCUUCAAUCCCUUUCAAAUGAGGAUGUCCUCGCUCACAUGGCGGAACACCCUCCAGGACUGCUGAAGUUCUGUGAUCGAUGCGGUUUGGAUACCUCUUCGUGUCUCGAAGCCGAAAGAGACCACCACAAAAAGACUUGUCAUGAGACUGAGACGGCUGUGAGCAUCGUCUUUUGCAACGGUUGCGGUAAAAAUAGAUCUCAUGAGACUGAAUUGGACCGCCAAAUUCAUGACAGUCUCUGCAUCCCCACCAGCAAAACGUUCUGCACAGUAUGCGGCCUGCAUACGACAGGGCUGAGCAUAGAAGGUAACCAGCGGCAUUACUAUUUCCAUACACCACCUGGGGGCCCACGAAAGACGUUUUGCAAGAGAUGUGGCAAGAAUCUCAUUACAAUGGAUGCACAGGAGCGGGCAGCCCAUAGGCAAGAGUGCUAUCUGGCAGAGCCACAUGUAAUGGAUACGCGAGAUAGAAUACAGGAACUCGAAAGACGCAUCAGCCAGGCAAAAAUACUGAAGGUUCAUAACAGCGCAGAGGAUGCGCGCCUGUCUCAGAAAAAGAGAGAGCUCGAAGCCCGAGAAAAAGAUAUCAAGAAUCUUGAGGCUGGGUUAGGUAUACAGUCUCCUUUGAGUGCCGGACUCGCGAGGUCAGCUGAUACAUUCACAUGUCCCCUUUUGAAGCCCGAUGGUUCUGUAUGCAACCAUCAGAUCACUAUCACGCCCUGCGGUGGAGAAUUCAAAGCUCAUUAUCAACACAACUGUCAACCCUGCGGCGAUAGAUGUGGCGGGUCCACACUUCAAGAGCUGCUUCGCCUGUAUCCAGAACUGAAGGCUGGCAGCGACAAGUUGCAAGCAGCAGCGGAUAAAGCCAAAACUCAGAAGGCGAACGCUCGCCCAAGCCAACACAGAUUUCAGGCCGAUGGAGAUGUUAACGAUGAGACAUCUAGCACAGCUGAGGGAGGCGAAGUCCUUCCGAGACCCACAACACAGAAGGGCAAAUCUCCCACGAAGCCUCCACCAAGCCCCUCAAAGACCGCGUCUAAAGCCAAGAAGCCCCAACCACGGGGUCCACCAGCGGCUGAGGUAUAUGACGAAUUAGACCCUCGCCCAGAUCUAAGCAUCGAGGAGGUGCCCGGUCUGCACCCAACAUCCGAGAUAGAGCUUCCUGAGACUAUACGCAAAGGCAAGACAGCUUCUUCCAAAGGAAAGGCACCAGGCAAGACUGCAGCUGGAUCAAAGCGCAAGAAAGCCGUAAUCGAGGGCCCGGAAGAUGAAGCUGGAGGGCAUCAUGGAAAGACCGCAAAGGGCAAGAAGAGACAGAGGACGGCGAGAGAAAUGAGCGUGGCACACACGGCGAGUAGUGUUUUGGGGAGUGACAGUGCAGAGGAGGAUGUUCUGAAGGAGGUGAGUGUUCCGCCUGUUGGUCUCAGGAGGUCCACCAGAACGGCGAGUGGCACGCCGGCGCCGAGGCCGAGUAUGCCAUCGACGGUGGUCAGGGAGGUUGGACGGCCAAAAGCUAAAAAGGGAGAGGCGCAGCUGGAAGAGGUGGACGAGGAGGAUAUUAUGAGGAGUCCGGAGAAGAGAAGAAGGCCACAUAGCCCGAAUAAAGGGGUGCAGUAGACUGUAUUUGGGGAAGGAGGAUGGAAAAGGAGUGUUCAAGAUUCUGCUUCAUCAAUCGGGUUUCUUUCAAUUCUUGGGGGACAGUACUAUGUUUCGAAGUGGCACCUAAGACUUGGUAUUUCUCAGGCAGUUUUCCUUAAGGAGGAUAGUAUCCAUUAGUAUUAUCUUGUCCCGUGAUUGUCCAAUCUUCG